AUGAGGAUGAGGGUGAGGAUGUGGGUGAGCAUGAGGGAUGAGGGUGAGGAUGAGAGUAAGGAUGAGGGUGAAGGUGUGGGUAAGGAAAAGGUUAAGGAUGAGGGUAAGGAUGAGGGUGAGGAUGAGGGUAAGGAUGAGGAUGAGGGUGAGGAUGAGGAUGAGGAAAAGGAUGAGGGUGAGGGUAAGGAUGAGGGUGAGGAUGAGGAUGAGGAUGAGGAUGAGGGUAAGGAUGAGGGUAAGGAUGAGAGUGAGGAUGAGGGUAAGGAUGAGAGUGAUGAUGAGGAUAAGGAUGAGGAUAAGGAUGAGAGUGAGGAUAAGGGUAAGGAUGAGGGUAAGGAUGAGGGUAAGGAUGAGGGUAAGGAUGAGGGUAAGGAUGAGGGUAAGGAUGAGGGUAAGGAUGAGGGUAAGGAUGAGGGUAAGGAUGAGGGUAAGGAUGAGGGUAAGGAUGAGGGUAAGGAUGAGGGUAAGGAUGAGGGUAAGGAUGAGGGUAAGGAUGAGGGUGAGGAUGAGGGUGAGGAUGAGGGUGAGGAUGAGGGUGAGGAUGUGGGUGAGGAUGAGGGUGAAGAUGAGGGUGAGGAAAAGCAUGAGGGUAAGGAUGAGGAUGAGGGUGAGGAUGAGGAAAAGGAUGAGGGUGAGGGUAAGGAUGAGGGUAAGGAUGAGGAUGAGGGUAAGGAUGAGGGUAAGGAUGAGGAUGAGGGUGAGGAUGAGGGUAAGGAUGAGGGUAAGGAUGAGGGUGAGGAUGAGGGUAAGGAUGAGGGUAAGGAUGUGGGUGAGGAUGAGGGUGAAGAUGAGGGUGAGGAUGAGGGUAAGGAUGAGGGUAAGGAUGAGGGUGAAGAUGAGGGUGAGGAUGAGGGUAAGGAUGAGGGUGAAGAUGAGGGUGAGGAUGAGGGUAAGGAUGAGGGUAAGGAUGAGGGUAAGGAUGAGGGUGAGGAUGAGGAAAAGGAUGAGGGUGAGGAUGAGGAAAAGGAUGAGGGUGAGGGUGAGGAUGAGGGUGAGGAUGAGGGUAAGGAUGAGGGUGAGGAUGAGGGUGAGGGUGAGGGUGAGGAUGAGGGUAAGGGUGAGGAUGAGGGUGAGUCGAGGGGUGAGGAUGAGGGUGAGGAUGAGGGUGAGAAUGAGGGUAAGGAUGAGGAUGAGGAUGAGGUUAAGAAUGAGGUUAAGGAUGAGGGUAAGGAUGAGGGUAAGGAUGAGGGUGAGGAUGAGGGUAAGGAUGAGGGUAAGGAUGAGGGUAAGGAUGAGGGUAAGGAUGAGGGUAAGGAUGAGGGUGAGCAUGAGGGCACAGAACAUAGACCACCACAGAGUUUGCUAACGUCCAAACCGAAAGAGAUCUCCAAGUAUAGAAGCAAAUCUGCAGAAGUAGCAGUCGCCCGGUAUAAAUGGUUACUUGUCAGGACUACUCUCUCAGUGAGUAAAUUCUACAACAGAAACAGUAAUUUACGAUUAUUAGUGUACUUCUUAGAAACGAUAGGACAUUUACUGUAUCUGGGUAGGGCAGAGAAACAGGAAAGCAUGUCGGUUUGGCCGGAAGGCGAGCGCCUAAAUACAGAAUUGGAACAAAGAAGCCUAGUCACCAUCUUGAUGGAGUUUGCGGUAUUCCUUUUAUCUGGUCUGUUCGCAGUAAUGGGCAAUGCCAUGGUUUGUGUCGCCAUCUAUCGCCAGCCGAGGCUCCAAACUACUACGUCGCCGCUUUUGCUGUACUCGACAUACUCCAACCGUGCAUCUCUCUUCCCCUUGUGCUGGGAGUUAUAG